AUGCGUUUCAGCAACGAUCCCAGCGCCUUUCAGCUUCAGCUUUGCGCAAACAGCGCCAUGUUCGACAGCGAGGACUCGGGCUCCGCAGACGGGGAGCAGAUGACAGAGGUGCGCUCCCCGAGUUCAGGACCCUCCAGCCCGCAGUCCGUCAACUCGGACUCCAGCUGCACGAGUCCGGAUGGCAAGUCCGCCUCAACCCAGCAGAGAGUCAGGAGGCCUCUGAACGCCUUCAUCAUCUGGACGAAAGAAGAGCGGAGGAGGCUCGCUCAUCUGAAUCCGGACUUGGAGAACACCGAUCUAAGCAAAAUACUCGGUAAGAUUUUGAUUGAAAGACUUGAUUUGAUGGAUUGUUGCAAUGAAAAGCUUUAACUGUUCAAACUGACACGUGUUUGUCAAGUUUUGCACCAGAAAGUCCCUCCAGUUUUGAAAUUGGUACAACAAUAUUCAUAACAUUAACAUUAAAUGUUAUAACAGAGACCCUAAAAGUCAGUAUUUGUUGUCCUGUUAGCUCUAAUUGUCUAGUUCAGUGUAACCAGUGAGUGCACAGAUCUUUAACUCCUUCAUGUCCCUGCAGGAAAAACCUGGAAGGCCAUGUCUCUGGCUGAAAAGCGUCCUUACAUGCAGGAGGCCGAGCGCCUCAGAGUCCAGCACACCAUCGACUACCCCAACUACAAGUACCGUCCCCGCAGGAGGAAGCAGCUGAAGAAGAGUUCCAGCAAGCCUCCUGGUGCAGAACCCAUUCCUAUGUCCUCGCUCUGCAGCUCAGGCUACACUGCGCCCUACAACCUCUCCUACCUGCUCCAGAACCAGCAGCCAAACUACCCUUGCUCACCUGCUUUCCAUAACACCUCUGCCGGCUUCAACGGCUACACAAACACUCCAGUUUUCCCAGACCAAACAGCAGCAGACACUUUCCAUAACAAACCUGAAGUGUACCCGCCUGCGUACCCUGUGGAACCUCAGGGGUAUUUCGGAAGCCAGAGUGGGUUCAUGCAGUACGGUUUCUCAAGUCCUGCAGGCCCACAUGUAGAUCAAGGAGAGUCCAGGUCAUAUGGAGGUCUGCUGUGCCCAUCUGGACCUUCCUUCGAGUUUUACUUAGAGCAAGUUCAGCUGGACAUGCUGUACGAUCUGGACCGGAGCGAGUUUGAACAGUACCUGGGCCCGAGUGCUCAGAGGCCGGAGUCCGUUGAUCCCAACAGCUACACAAAGCAGAGCAGCCACAGAGAGGAACACACACUGUCAUAA